CGUGUAACCGUGGUGGUUUGUCAAAAUACGCUACCGAAAAGGAAACUCUAGUUUAAACGGUUAUUUUAACAUUUUAAUAAUUACAAACAAGAAUGAAAUGAGAAAUGUCACGGCCAUGAUGAACGUCAAACACAAUUCAUUGCUGCUGUCUUGCUUGGCAUAAACUUCUGACAGACCACUAAGCUCUCAACUACGAGUGUUGUCUUGGGUACAUAUCAAAUCCACAAAUGAGUUGGAAGUGGAGAAGCCUGAAGGUUAUAACCUUUCUGGCUCCAGUAACCUUGACCUUCAUCGACACAGUUGGACAUGUUUCUCGGGUUGAGGGUGUAUCUAUGCAGCCCUGCUUUAAUCCGGAGGUGAAUAAGAGCUUGGACUAUGUGUGGCUGAACAUAUGGUCCACAGUUGGGUACCAGUUUAAGCGUGGAGAUAUUGUCACUCUCAGGGCUCCAUAUAAUCCAAAAAACACUGUGAUCAAAAGGAUAAUUGCAUUGGAAGGAGAUUCAGUUAGCCACGUCAACAGUGAUGAUGUUUGGGUACGUGUGCCGCGGGGGCAGUGUUGGGUUGAGGGGGAUAACCCACGUUUCAGCAAAGACAGCAAUUCAUACGGACCAGUGCCUCUUGGGUUGAUUCAGGCCAAAGCGACUCACAUUGUGUGGCCCCCACGUCGCUGGUGCAAACUUAACUCAUCCAACAAUGAAUACUCACUGCCUCCUGACAGGGUGAUGCCAAAUCAUAUAACUAGCAGCCACAAUGACUAUAAUGGGAGACCCUGUACAACUGUGAUAUAACUUGAGUGUUCAUUAUGAUGCAUUUGUUAAUGUACAUAUUUUAAUAAAGACCCUUUAGACCCGUU